UAAACCGCCUGGAAGAUUAGGUGUGUGAUGUUGUGGACAGAGUGAUGAAUUCACCCGUGGCCCCUUUGGUCAAGGAGCUGCACCCGGAAUUCAAGCCACCAAAACGUCCCUUCAGAAGAAAGAAUUACUCUGAGGCCAUCGCCUGGCUCAAAGGACAUGAUAGUAAGAAGGAUGAUGGCACCUACUAUGAGUUUGGGGAGGAUAUUCCAGAGGCUCCAGAGAGAUUGAUGACUGACAGCCUUAAUGAGCCAAUCCUGCUGUGCCGUUUUCCAGCUGAGAUCAAAUCUUUCUACAUGCAGCGCUGUGCCGAAGAUCGUCGUCUCACUGAAUCUGUGGAUGUACUAAUGCCCAACGUUGGUGAAAUUGUUGGAGGCUCCAUGCGUAUCUGGGAUAGCGAGGAGCUACUGGAAGGGUACAAGAGAGAAGAAAUCGACUCUACACCCUACUACUGGUAUACUGACCAGCGUAAAUACGGCACAUGUCCUCACGGCGGCUACGGUUUGGGGUUGGAGAGGUUCCUUACUUGGAUCCUGAACAGACACCACAUCCGAGACGUGUGCCUAUACCCGCGAUUUGUCCAACGCUGUAAACCCUAAUGCCCUCCCCCCGAC